AUGAAUCCCGGUCCGCCGUUGGCAUACGACAGUCUGAAAACAGUCCUGCAACACAUGGAUCCGAAUUUAAGAAUUCGGCUCUCCAUCAACUGCCCUUCGAUUCGGUCAGCCGAGAAAGCGGUUCCCCUCAAGAUCAAGAAACUCGAGUUUACUGAUCAAUCGUUUACAGUUGACGGCAAGAAGUAUAAAGUUGGAAUCUAUAAAAAGUAUCCAGAAGGCAUGUGCCCUAUCGUGGAGAACGACAACAAAUUUUGGGGAAGAUUGGCCACCGAUUUAGAUCAACAUGGAUACGAAGACUGGCAGACUUUAGACAAAUUAAGACCUGGAGACGUCAAUUUGAGGUGUUCGAAUGACAGGGUCAGAGUUUAUCAAGAAAUCAAUGAAGUUGGAAUAAAGAAAAAAGAAGAAGAAGAACUUCCUGACUUACAAGAACGGCUGGAUUAUGUCGAGAGCUUUGGACCAAUGACCACUUCUUCCUUUGUCUUUGAUGAAUACUACUCAGAAGAUACGGUUGAAGAAAUCACUUCGUAUUUUGUAAAAGAAUAUACCAGUGAAGAACUUACUGCGCACUACGGCACUCAACCGGAGUUUGAAGAAGCACGAGAUAAGGCUCAUGAAGAACUGAAGGACAAAAUAUUGGAAACGAAGGCAAUACUUCAGCAGUGGUAUGCACGGAGAGACGGACUCCCGGUGCCAUUUGAAAGUUAUAUUAUGUUCACCAUUUCCGAUAGGUACACUAAGAAGAACAUCGAGUUUAUCAAACGUCAUCCAGUUGCAGUCAAGUUGUUGAUUCCACAAUCAGAAAUCCUUCGUCUGACACCAGGACUUCGAAUGGAAAUUGAGGAAAUGUACUUUGACGGAGAAGUAGAUUGUGCAUUCGCCGAGUUGGCGCCAUACAUUGAGGAGUCCAGUUAUCCAUUGAAAUGUCUCAAAAUAAGUGUAUGGGACACUGCAGUGUUUCAACAUCCAAAGCUUAGAAGCGCCAAGCAUCUCGUUGUUGGCCGAUCUCAUGAAGAGAUCCGAUGGCUCCCUAUUCUUUUGAAUUUGGAAAAUCAUAAAGUAAGUUAUCUUGAAGGAUCGAUGCCUGUGGAUGACUUUAUGACCAUUAUAAGACAUUGGGUGUCUUGUGGAAAAGAAGUGGGAGCUAGCUUCAGUUACAGACUUGAACUGACAGAAUAUGAGUAUCUUGAUAUUGAUGGUUUUCACAAAGAAGUAUUCAAGGAAAUCAAGGCGCAAUUCAAGAACUCUAUCUCUGGACACAGAAAUGCCAACAUUCCGAUCGACAACGGAACAACUCUAAAAGUGUCAGUGGAAUAUAGUAGAGAUGAAUAUUUUCCAUAUAAUCUUGUGCUGCAGAUUCUUCCAUUGGAGCAAUAG